AUGUGGGCCAGAGCCAUGGAGGCAUUACUAGAUGAUCACCUCAAACAUGCGAAGCAAAGGGUAUCGUGUAUAGAAUGGUGGGUACAGCACUCUCUUAGGAAACCUCCCCUAAAUAGCCCU